ACCUGGAUGUCUAACCUUCAUCGAAAUAAUUAUGAGCAAUUAAUUUUAUCUUUGACGUCACUCGGUCAGUACGGUCAAGGUGUACAACGGUUACUUUACUGCCAGGCACUGCUGAGCAGACGCCUACUGACUUAGACACAAGUAUGGUUCGUCUGUCUUGUUUGAUCGUGUGUAUGAGCCGCCGUAGUGUUCAACACGACAGGACUGUAAGCCGAUCGUUGUCCUGCUCCUGCGAAAUGUCGGCCAAUGAUCAACUACCGUCGCAGGCUUCAGGUUAGGGGGCUGGAAAGAGUAGAAAUUGGCCAAAUAAUAUACCAGGGCGGUUAGCCAGCUAAAGAAGCACAGUUGGUCGCCGUGAAGCCUGAUAAUGAGUCGUGCUGGAAAAUAAGAUUUGGUCCGUUGUCUCCUUCGUUGUCUGUUUUUCGUCUGAUUGUCAACCGCAGUCAGUGCAAACUUUACUUUGCAGUUUGCACCCAGGCCGCUAGCUAGUAUACACCGCACCAGCCAGUAGGUCCAGUAGGUCAGUACGGUCAAGGGUCAUCCCAGUUUGCAUAAUGCUGAACGCUGACGGCGUAACGCUGGACGCAAAACGUCUAGUUGAUAAAUCAGAAAUACAACGGCUAGCUGACUUGUCGUUUUGCCUUUAAUACAAGGAGGUCUCUCUCUCGUGCUGCCUCUCUAGUCCGCUGCGCCCGUGACCGGGAUGGCCCGAAGUUUGGCGCGUUCGGAACUCGAGCAGUUGGUGGACUCGCUGGUGCUGAGCUGGGAUGACAUGGCGUCUCAUACCAAAGCAAUGUUGUACUGCACUGUUCGGCAUUACCUAGAUGGUAAAAUCCCUUGGAAAAUAACCUUCGAAGUGGAUAGGUGGCCGGACUAUACAGCCGUCCUGUGGACUCAUGAUAAGGAAGAAACUUCUGUGCUAGCCUUUGAGGAGGGUUCCUCAGCCGUAUUUUUGCACUGGACUAGUGAGGAUUGCCUUAGACAGUUAUUAAUAUCAACAUCUGUUGACUGGACCAGACCGGUUUUGUUGGUUGCAUUUCCCCUCAGUGGUUUGUCCAUUCUAAGAGAACACCUGGAGAACCAGGGUCUCCCACUCCCUGCUGCAGAGGACAUGUUCCCCUGUGACACAGCUUAUUACCUGCACAAGACAUGUCCCAGUUUGGAGAAAGUGGACAGGACUGAUGAUAAGGUGACUGUAGCACCUCUCCAACCUGAGCACAGCCAUCUUGUCAGCAGCACCUGGCGACAUGGGGGCACUCCUGAAUCAGAAGAACGGACUCACUAUCACAUCACCACUUUCCCUUCAGCCUGUGUGUAUGAUCAGGAUGGAAAUCCUGUGUCGUGGAUCUUGCUGAACUAUUAUGGUUCACAAGGGCUUGGCUACACACUACCAGACAACAGGGGAAGGGGUUACUUUCAGCUUGCUUCAAAAUACCUGAUUAGCACCUGCCUCCAGAAAGGUUAUUUGCCAUUCCUCUUCAUUGAAGACUAUAAUGAGCCUUCAAGGAUCAUACACAGGAAACUUGGGUACUCUUGGAAUGAGGCAGGGAGAUGUGCAUACAUCCGUCUCAACAAAAACAAGUUUAAGUCAUCUUAAUGCUCUCCUUGCAACCAUAUAUCUUUAAAGCAUUGUAACACACAAGCAUAUAUUUUAUCUUUUUUUUGCUGCCUACUAAUAUUGUGUUAUAGACCCCUAGUUCCUACAGCAAUGACAAGGCUAUGUAUCAAUAGACAAAAUAGAACACACAAGCAUGUAUUUUGUCUAUUUUGGGUGCCACGCCCCCAAUGUAAAACAUGCAGUAGUUUGAUCAAGUACCUGAUUUUUUAACAACUAAACAGCUGCAGGCACACACAUUUACAAAUAACAAGAGCUGAGAUGGGCACCAUGGACAAGUAUCUCAACGUUUCCUGACAUUUCAGACUAGUGCAAGCCAUGUAAUGUUAUACCAGUUCAAACUACUAGUAUUGUGUUUUAGACGCCUAGUUCCUACAGCAAUGACAAGGCUAUGUAUCUGCUUCUAUGGAUGAAUCCUUGUAAAACCUCUCUGUUUUACGUAGGCUAGAAAUAAGUUUAAAAAACUAACUUCAUAGGUCAUUAUAUGAUUUACAACCCUUGGUAUGCACGUGGAUUCAGCGCAUAUUAUUAUAUCAAUGGAAAUAUACCUUUGAGAUGACCCAAUUACAAUUUACUUUAUUCUUUAUUUCAGGCGCAAAUUGGCCCAUAGUAGACAAACAAUUAAAAUAACAAGGUGCACAAGUAGUAAAAACGGUAGGGUUCAGUACAAAUACAUACGAGAAGGGCCUUACCGGUAGACUAGGCCAAUAUAGUGAUCCCAGUAGUGACUGGUGGAUGAUAAGUCUGAGUGGAUUGCGAGUUUUAUGAUUCUGUUACAACAAUACCACGAUACCACGUGAUUUUACUUUUUGAUUUUACUGUUUAUACCCUC